UACUUAAUAAAUAUUAUACUUUUUAUUUACUAAAAUUUAUAUUAUCGAUUUAUUUUGAAAAUGACGAUUUUCAUAAAUGAAGGAUUGCUUAAAAUUACCCAAAAAAUGUGUUUAACAGCAAUAACUAUUUAUGUAUACAUUCUAUUUUCAUCAGAAAUACGAACUUGCCCACUGACCAAAACUGGCUCGAAGAUAUAUCCAUUUGAUAGUCAAUUUUUCCAAUCGUCAGUACUUUUCUUGACUGCAGCUGCAAUAGCCAUAGUCGAAUGCGAUAUAUGGCCGUACAAUACAAAACCAAAAAAUAGAAUAAUUCAAUUUCUUGCAGAGUUGUAUAUUAUGACAACGGUUAUAAUACUUGUUUAUGCUCUAUUUUGGCAUCCCAUAGUCAUAACUACAUCUAUAUUAACUGAUAAAUUGAGUGUACUCACAAAUACAUGGUUGGGAAGUGCGAAUAUCUACAAAAAAAGUAUUCCAAUUUGUAUGGAAAACAUUCGCAGUACGAAGUUCCAUUGUAAUUUAUUAGGCACAUUAAUAUUACAUUAUGUACUCGAAAAAUUUGGAAAGAAAGACUUGUAAUCAUUUUUUCAAUAUUAUUUUAAAAAUAAACAAUUAAUAAAAGUUAUAAUAUUUCAGACGACGUUUAAGAUGUUUGUUUUAAAUUAGUAUUAAAAUGAAAUCUGGAUUUUAAUAAGCUCAGCUAUACAUGUAAACAAUAUCGAAAGUAUAAGCCAUGCAAAACAAAACAACUUUAUCAUGUACGUAUCAAUAUUUUAUAGUAUAGUUUUGUAUUAAACAGCUAAUUACAUAUUCACAAUAUUGAAAUUAAUGUCAUCGAAUGAAUACAUUUUUUAGACACUUUAUUGCUUCAGUAAGUACAAUUCAUGAAAAUUAAGUAUACAAUAUUCAUACAUACAUUGGCACAUUUAUAUAUUUAAUAUAAUAUUAAACAAAUAAAAUAAAAUUAUUACUUUAUACGAUUUUAAAUAUUUUACUGUCAUAAUAUGGGUUUUUCUAGUUUUGUUCAUAUUAUUUAUAUUUAAUAUUAUAAUUUAAAAAUCAUUAUUAUUUAUUGUUUAGAAAAAACACAUGGUGAUAGUAAUCACAUAAGCACGUAAAAAAAUAUAAAUUAAAAGAAAUAAAAGAAAAAUUCUAAUAUUGUAAACAGCACCCUUACAUAUUACAGGUGACUUUAUACACAAUUACUUAAGAAAGAAACAAAAUUUUAGGAAGUUAAAAAUAUAAUAAUCGGAAAAGAGUGACGUUGGGAUACAAUAUAACCU